CAUGUCCCCCUGUCCCCCCCAGAUCUCCAGGCCGCGGUGGAGGAGGUGCUCCCAUCCCUGCAGAGCGAUGGCGUCCGCGUCUUCUACCUGAGCUCCACGUCGCCCACGCCGGGUGUCGAGGCCCUGUUGCCCGCCAUCAAGGGGGCUUCCCAUGAGCCUCUGCCCGCCCACCACCGCGGCAAUGUCACCAUCGACUCCAAGGCCCUCUAUAUCUACACCUCGGGCACCACCGGCCUCCCCAAGGCAGCGGUGAUCACAGAGAUGAAGCUGAUGAUGGUGGCAAACCUAGGCCGGCUCUGUGGCCUGCGGACUGAUGACAUCAUCUACACAACGCUGCCGCUCUACCACUCAGCUGGGCUGCUCAUCGGGGUAGGAGGGUGCUUCGAGGUCGGAGCCACCUGCGUCAUACGGGCCAAGUUCUCCGCCUCCAAUUUCUGGGAUGACUGCCGCCGCUACAACGUCUCAGUCAUCCAAUAUGUGGGCGAGCUGAUGCGCUACCUCUGCAACGCGCCCAAGCGCCCCAACGACCGGCAGCACGGGGUGCGCAUGGCCUUGGGUAAUGGCCUACGGGCGGAGGUGUGGAAGGAGUUUCUCCAGCGCUUCGGACCCAUCUCCAUCUGGGAGUUUUACGGGGCCACUGAGGGCAACGCCGGCUUCAUCAACUACACCGGCAAGAUCGGGGCAGUGGGAAGAGCCAACGUCUUCCUCAAGAGGUUUGCUCACUUUGAGCUCAUCAAGUACAACGUGGAGGACGACGAACCCGUCCGUGACGAGCGAGGUCUCUGCAUCCGAGUAGGUCCCGGUGAGACGGGGCUGCUGGUUGUCAAAAUCACCAAGAACACCCCUUUCCAUGGCUACGCGGGCGACUCCCAGAAGACAGAGAAGAAAGUCUUGAGGAACGUCUUGGCCAAAGGCGAUGCCUUCUUCAACAGCGGUGACCUCCUGAUGAUUGACCACGAACGAUUUGUCUACUUUCAGGACCGAGUGGGAGAUACUUUCCGUUGGAAAGGUGAGAAUGUGGCCACUACGGAGGUGGAGGCCACCCUUGCCAUGGUGGACUUCAUCCAGGAGGUCAAUGUCUAUGGAGUCUCUGUGCCGGGGUGCGAGGGGAGGUGCGGCAUGGCCGCCAUCCGCCUGAAGGCCGGGGCAAGCUUCGAGGGGGACAAAUUCUACGCCUUCACUGGGGACACCCUGCCCAGCUACGCCGCUCCUCGCUUUGUGCGGAUCCAGGACGCCCUGGAGAUCACAGGGACCUUCAAGCAGUGCAAGAGCAACCUGGUCAAGGAAGGCUUCGACCUCAACGUCAUCAAAGACCCCCUCUUCUUCCGCGACGACAAGAAGAAGUCCUACGUCCCCUUGAGCCCCGACACCUACGCUGCCAUCCAGGCCAUGAAGCUCAGCCUCUAG